AUGGCAACUGCGGCCUCCUCCACGCCCGCUGUGCCAGAUUUCAGGCAGUGCCAGGGCUCCUGGCACCGGCUGCUCUCCCCGGUGCCGAAGCACUACCUGGCAGAGGGACCUGGCAACAUCUACAACCCAAGUGGCAAAGGCCGGGAUGCCCAUCAGGAGCGGCUGUGGGCCCCUGACGCCGGCCGCCUGCUCCCGGUGGCGGGCAGAGCCGUCCUCGUCACAGGCUGUGACUCUGGCUUUGGCCAGGCGACCGCGCGGCACUUGGAUGCACUGGGAUUCCGGGUGUUUGCCAGCGUGCUGGACCUGCAAAGCGCCGGGGCCCAGGAGCUGCAGAAGAGCUGCUCACAGAGGCUCACACUGCUGCAGAUGGACCUGACCAAGCCAGAAGACAUCCAGCGUGUCCUGAAGCACAUCCAGGCUCAUACCAACAGCACAGGGCUCUGGGGCCUGGUGAACAACGCGGGCUUCAACGACACCAUCGCGGAUGCUGAGCUCUCGCCACUGGGCAAGUUCCGCACCUGCAUGGAGGUGAACUUCUUUGGCUCCCUGGAGCUCACCAAGGUGCUGCUGCCCCUGCUCCGCUCUGCCGGCGGCCGCAUCGUCACCGUGAGCAGCCCUGCAGGGGACCUGCCCUUUCCCUGCCUGGCGGCCUACGGUGCAUCCAAGGCAGCACUCAGCCUGCUCAUGGAUACCUUCCGCAGCGAGCUGCAGCCCUGGGGCAUCAAAGUGAGCCUCAUCCUGCCCGGCUACUACCGAACAGGGACAACGUGUGAUCCAGCGUUCUGGAACCUGCGCAAGGAGCAGCUGGUGGCCAGCCUGCCCCAGGAGCUGCUGCAGGCCUACGGCGAGGACUACGUGGAGGAGAUCAACCGGCAGUUCAUCCAGUUCAUGAAGGUGGCGGUGGAGGACCUCAGUGCAGUGGUGGACAGCAUCACGGAUGGGCUCCUCGCUGCCAACCCAGCUGUGCGCUACUACCCGGGGCAGGGCCUCGGGCUCAUGUAUUUUAUACACCGCUACCUGCCCUACUUUGUCCUAGACUUGUUCCUCAAAGGAUUCUUCAUCAACCCCAAGCUGCCCCGAGCGCUGCGGCAAGACCGCCACAACAACAUGAAGAAGGCCUGACUGCGGCCUGU